AUGAAGCCUGGCAAUACCACCAGUGGCCUGUCUCCACCUUCUACCGCGUCUCCCGCCGGUGUCACCAAAAGUACCUCGUUGCCCAUUUCACGGCCAAGCAACUCCGCAUGGGACAAACCUGAACGGGCUCGAACCAGUCACGCUUGCGAACCAUGUCGCGAGCGGAAGACGAAGUGUGAUGGUUCCAGGCCUGCAUGUCGGAGAUGCCUUCACACAGGCACCGCUUGCUACUAUGGCUACGGCAAGGGCUGGAGGAAGCGGAAGACUGCCGAGGACCUCACAGCAACCUCGCGGCGUUUGGCGCGGUAUGAGAGCCUUCUCAAUGAGAUCUUGCCAAUGGUGUCGCCAGAGGUACGCGCCUUGAUCGAGGAAGCGCGUGACAUCGAUACCGCGGUGUCAAAUAACGGUUCCGAGACGGCGGAAACAGAUCAAAAUUUCCUCCCUCCUGCUUUACUCAAGUCCGAGUCGAGCCUGGCAGCAUCGGGAGGGCGCAUCAUCCUGCCACUCCCCGUGCCCAGCCCACACGCUCCAGCACCCUCGCGCUCCUCGACAUCGUCGGGGACGUUUGAUCCAGUUCCCCCGCCGCCCACGAUCGCCAGCACAGGACCAGGAUCUACUGUCCAGACGGCGUCACGACUCUCGCCCGAAUCUAACAUCUCGGGAACACGAUUGCCGUCUAUCACUGCCGAAGGGCUCCUGAUCGAAACCGGACUGAGGGAUCGUUCGCCUACAAGUUUACACCGACCGGUCGACACAGUUGGCAGCUAUGGGCAGGACCGUCUCGGAGCACCGCCAACCUCUCCGGGCAGUCACACGUCCCUUGGAGGUGCGUUAAGCGGACCACAUCCUGGACGUUCAGAUACUGACCCGCGGAGAAGAGACUAUGCGGUCCCCACAGUUUUCCCCUGGCUGAAAUCCAACGAAGCGACUGCAGUGCGAAAUUGA